GGUUUCUGGGCAGAGAUGGCCCUGCAGAGCCAGGUGUGGUCUCCGGCCACACCCAUGCCCAUGGCGGAGAGCUCCCUCUACCGGCAGCGGCUAGAGGUCAUCGCGGAGAAGCGGCGGCUGCAGGAGGAGAUCCGCGCCACGCGCCGGGAGCUGGAGGAAGAGAAACUCCGCGUGGCGCGGCUCAAGAGGAAGUCUCUCCGGGAACGGUGGCUAAUGGACGGGGCAGCUGAGGAGCCAGAGCGGCCCCAGGACCCCGCCUCACAGGAACCCCAGUCACCUGAGGACCAGGCUCAGGCUCGCAUCCAGAACCUAGAAGACAGCUUGUUCACACUCCAAUCUCAGCUGCAGCUGUUGCAAAGUGCGUCCACAGGUGCCCAGCACAAGCCCUCAGGCAAGCCCACCUGGCGCCGACAGGGUCACCGUCCUCUCUCCCAGCCCACCGUGGAGACAGGUCCUGCAGGCCAGACUGAUCUAAACAAGAGAGCCUCCCUACCAGCCGGACCAGUGAGCACAUACCCAGAGUCCCCCUCUGAGCCCAGAGAGGAGGCUGUCCGGGUUCUAACAGCCCCGAGACAGGUCCCUGGGGCAGCAGGGGCCUCCUCUGAAGCCAAUGGGCCCUGCCCUGGAUCCAGCCCCCCUCCGGAGCAGGAGCAGGGUCGGGGAGUAGCAGCGUCUGAGGGGGGAGUGAAUGAGGCCAAAGGGGGAGGCAUGGUGAAGGUGGUGUGGGAGGGGCUGAGGGCCACAGAGGAUUGUGCCAUGGAGGUCACAGGCCUGGAGCUGGAGGCUAAGGUGGAGGAGAUGGUGCUGGAGGCCAUCGGGGACAGACAGGAAGCCGGCCGCCCAGAGCUCCCUUCGUGGGUCAAGGAGGACAGGGGUGUCGUGGAGGUGGUCUGGGAAGGGGUGGGAGGCACGGAGAGCAGUGACUCAGAGGCCACUGGGUCCGUGAGCAGGGGCCUGGAGGCUGCACAGACCAGCUCGCUGAGGCUCCAGGAGGGACUGGGAGGAGCAGCUUCUGGAGAAGGGGAAGGUGCCCCCAGGAGCAGCCCUGAUGGUGAUGGGCGGGGGGGCUUUGGAGGGGAGGAGGGGUCCUUCAUUUGGGUGGAGAGAGUGACCCUCAGUGAGGAGUGGGAGGAGCUGGUGGUGGAGGGGUUGGAAGGGCCAACGGCGCUGGGAAGGGAUGGAGAGGAUGAGAGUCCGCCGGGGGCGGAGGGCAGAGGUGGGGAGGAAACGUGGGAGGUGGAGAGGAGGCAGGCAGAAAAAUCAACAGGAAGGAGAGGAAGUGAAGGAAAGGCAGGCGCAGAACCAGAAGGAGCAGAGGUGUCGCCUGCGGUGGAGAGGAAAGGAAGCGAGGAAUCCUUGGAGCCGGAGAGGAGUGGCGGUGAGGAAAAGGUGGAGACAGAGACAGGAGGAGGUGACGAACCACUCUCGGCAGAAAGAAAAGGUGGUGCGGGACCUCCGAGGGCAGAGAUGGAAAGAGGCGAGGAGCCAUUGGGAGUAGCGCAGAAAAGUGCUGAGGAAAAGUUAGAGGCAAUCAAAGAACCACUGGUGACAGAAAGAAAAGAAGGUGAAGAAUCACUGACGGUAGAGAGAAUAGGAGAUGAGGAAGCAUUGGAGGAAAAGGAAAAAGAUGAGGAAUCACUGAAGGAACAGAGAACGGGAGGUGAGCAGCCAUCGGAGGCACAGACAGGAGAUGAGGAAUCACUGAAGGUAGAGAGAAUGGCAGGUGAAGAGCCACUGCAGACAGAGAAGACUCAAGGGGUGGAGGAAGAUCUGAGUCCAGGAGAGCAGAGAGAGUCAGGAGGAGGAAAGGAAUGUCAGGCAGAGGAAGUGAGUGAGGAAGGGCGUCCCCUGGGGGCCAAGGAGGAGCCGAGACCGGAGGAAGAGGGACAGCAGGCCCAGGAGAAGCAGGAAGGCUCCCCGGAAGCAGAAGCAGUGAAGCCCCAAACCUCUGCUGAGGGCCAGGACCCCUCUGGGGAUGCCACCCCCCUCCUGGCAGAGCCCUCGGCUCAGGAGCAGCCCGCUGAGUGCCAGCCACUGCUUCAGGUGGAGGGGCCCAGGGCCAACCCCAGUGCCCACCCCGUGCCCACCUAUGCACCUGCCCGGCAGCCAGAGCCAUCUGCCCCUCCUGAGGGGGAAGAGGUGAGCGGCUCUAAGCAGAAGUGCCAGUGUUGUGCGGUUAUGUGAGCCCGCACCCUCCACCCCGCUCCCAGCUCCUCUCACAGCUACCUCGGCCUCUUGGCAUCCAGCAGAUGGUCCCAGGCACAGACAGGGCACCACGGGACUGGCGAUGGCACCUGGGAGCCAGCUGGUCCACAUGUCCACCUCCACCUGGGCUUCCAAACCC